AUGCCAGCUGUCUUGCAAUGCUUAAUGGCCAUUGUUCAUCGUGCUUUUGAGACUGCAUUAUCAUGGCUGGAGGCUCAAAUAUGCGAGACAGGAGAUGCUGCUGAGGUCAGAGAGUCAACUCUGGUUGUCCAUGCUUGUUUUCUCAUAAAGAGUUUGUCUGUUAGAGAAGAACACAUUCGGGAUGUAUCUGUUAAUCUGUUGUCUCAAUUGAGAGAGAGAUUUCCACAGAUUCUGUGGAAAUCAUCUUGUUUGGAUUCUCUUUUGUUCUCUGUGAAUGGUGAUCCACCUUCAUCUCUCGUGAAUGAUCCUGCUUCAGUAGCUUCUGUUCGCUCUUUGUACCAAAGCGUUGUCAAGGAGUGGAUUGUUGAUUCGCUAUCCUAUGCUCCAUGCACCACCCAAGGUCUUCUUCAGGAGCAACUUUGUAAAGCAAACACAUGGCAAAAAGCACAGCCCACUACAGACGUUGUCUCUCUUUUAUCUGAAAUAAAAAUAGGAACAGGGAAAACGGAUUGUUGGAAGGGUAAAAAAACUGCCAACAUUCCUGCAGUAAUGGCAUCUGCAGCUGCUGCAUCGGGUGGAAAUUUGAAGUCAACAGAGGCGUUUAAUAUUGAGCCUGUUCACUUUGGAUUUGUUGUUUCAAAGUAUCUUCACGAAUCUCUUAAUUUGGGAGGAAUCUCAUGUAUAAAAUGCAUAAGAGAAACGGGAACACAAGCCCUAAAACUAAUACAGUUUUUGCAUACCCUUGUCAAGUGCUUGGAUAGUAGUGACUGGACCCAUAUGGAAGCUGAAUUUAUUGAUUUGGUGGUGUUCAGGGCUGCUGAAAGCUCUAGUGAGUCUGCAAAUCCAGUAGAGUCAGAACUAUAUAUUGGCAGGGGUACCUUUAGAUGGCAUAUCUGCUUUAACUUUGUUGUUUUGCGCAUGAUAAGCUUUCAGUAUGACUACUAUUCCUCAGAUCAUAAUCCUUAUGUCUCUCUUCAUUAUUGGAUAUGGGGUCCUAAACUUCAUGUGGCUCAAAAUUUUCCUCAUAUGGCGUUACUUCCGAUUUUGGGAACUGGUAAGUAA